GCGCUGUAAGAGUGUUGGGUCUCGUUGAAGUCGCGUCGCGUUUAUUUAUGAUUAUCUGUCAUUUAAACGUCUCCUGGACUUCUCUUUUGGUCCUAACCCUUGUAAUAUUGUUUGCAAUGUCUUCAGACGCCGGUGAUAAAUAUGCUUCUGUAGAUUUUGAGGUGUUCGGGAAUGUUCAGGGUGUUUGCUUCAGAAUGUAUACAGAGGCAGAAGCAAAGAAACUCGGCGUGACGGGCUGGGUGAAGAACACUAGACAGGGCACUGUGGUGGGACAGGUGCAGGGGCAUCCUGAAAAAGUUAAAGAAAUGAAGUACUGGCUCAGUAAUGUGGGCAGUCCCAGCUCUCGAAUCGACCGCACUCAGUUCACCAAUGAGAAACCAAUCACUAAACUGGAGAUUCAUGGAUUUGGCACUCGCUACUGAAACCCAGCCAGACCGAUCGGCACCGGCAAACGACAAACACAGAUACUUGGUAGAUAGUUUAUAAGAACACUUUGUAAGAAAAACAAAACCUUUACCCCAUAGUUAUAAUUUGUUAUUUAUAUUUAUUAGCAUAGGGUUGUAAAUAUGAAUAAUUUGUUUGAUGCUAUGUAACUUUCUCAAAGCAAAACACAAAUUUAAGAGUUCAAUAUGAUUUUAUCUGAUUCAUCAAUUUAAACUCAACAUUAAAGAUAAUAAAAUAUAAAAUAUUGGAUUAGAUUACUAGCAUUGGAAUGUUUUUGAAAGAAGUCUUUUCUGCUCACCAAGGCUGAAAAAUACAGUAAAAUCAGUAGUAUUGUGAAAUAUUUUUACAAUUUAAAAUAAGUGUUUUCUGUGUGAAUAUAUAAAUGUAAUUUAUUCCUGUGAUCAAAUCUGAAUUUUCAGCAUCAUUACUCCAGUCUUCAGUGUCACACGAUCCUUCAGAAAUCAUUCUAAUAUGCUGAUUUGCUGCUCAAGAAACAUUUCUGAUUAUCAAAAAUAAAUUAAUACUUUUAUUCAUCAAGCACACAUUAGAUUCUGACAGUAUCAAAUCAAAAGUGACAGUAAAGACAUUUAUAAUGUUACAAAAGGUUUCUGUUUCAAAUAAAUGCUGCUCUUUUGAACUUUCUGUUCAGCAAAGAAUCCUGAAAAAUAAAAUAUAUAACAGUUUCCACAAAAAUAUUAGAUAACAAUCUGAAAUGUUUCUUAAGCAG